AUGGUUAUCGAAAAAUUUCUGACGGAAUACAACGCCUUUAUGCUAAUCGAAUUUGCAAUGAAGCAGAAAAUCAUAUACCUCCAAUUUCUCAUGAAGUCGCUUUUUGACCUCCAUUUCCAGGGCUGGAACCAGAAUGGGCCAAAGAGGGAGAAGAUCUCCCCGACGUCGUACGGGGGAUGUCGGUCUCAGAAGGCCGAGCUGGGGGUCACGAUCGAAAUUGAGUCGCUAGGGUUUUUCUGGACGGUGAAGUUUUUGGAAUCCGACCAACAUGUCAUUCAAAGACAGCAAUACGGUGGCCAUAGAUCUCCUGGUAAACAUGGAUUGAAUCAUGUGACAGCUCCGGCGAGUCGGUAUUAA